AUUGAGCUGAGCACUUGUGCAGAGGGAGGAGAGAGCUCUCCCGAGUCCCAGCCAAUCAGAGCUGGCCUUCCUCCCCUGCUCCUCCUCUCUCCUCUGGUCUCCCUGUGUGUGAGCCUGGUCAGCCUGUUGCAAAGCAUUACUGGGAUUGGGAGUCUCUCGCGUCUCACCAGUGUCUGCCCUGCAUCAUGUCUCCUGACUGAGCUGCAAGAGGAGCCCCCCUCCUCACCUUCCUUCUCCCCCCAGAAAUUCCAAUCUCCUUGUCUGCAGCUUGUAACGGAGGAAUUAUCUGGGAAAAUGUCCAUCUCCCAUCAUUCCCCUCUCAGGAGCAUCUCUGGAGUUGCACAAUCUGCAGUGCAGAACCUCUCGCGUCAUCGCUUAGCUCUGCUCUGCGCAGCGGGCCUGGGAGUCACAGCCGUCGCCUCCUGGAUGUGGUGGAAGAAGAAUCGCCUGGAGCUGCGACAUGUCGGCACGGUGUCCCAGCUCAUCAUAUACCCCAUCAAGUCCUGCCGAGGGGUCUCAGUGCAAGAAGCUGAGUGUAUAGACCUGGGUUUGGUAAAUGGAGAACUGGAAGAUCGCCAUUGGCUGGUGGUGACAGAGGAUGGGCACAUGGUAACGGGUAGGCAGGAGCCACGGAUGGUCCUCAUUUCUGUGACUGGCUGUGGUGACUCCCUCUGUCUGGAAGCCCCAGGGAUGGAGAAGCUAGUGGUACCAGUGCCACUACCCAAGAGCAACAAAGUGCUGGACUGCCGGGUAUUUGGGAGCGACAUCCAGGGUCGGGACAGUGGAGAGGAGGCUUCUAUUUGGCUCACUUCCUAUUUCCAAAGCAGCAAGCCUUACCGUUUGGUGCAUUUCGAGUCGGAAGCUAUGAAGCCUCGCAAGUCCAAAGAUGUGGAGAAGCCGUUCCGGGAGAAAGACAAAAUUGCUUAUCCUGAUGCCAGCCCCAUCAUGCUGCUUUCUGAGACGUCCCUAGAAGAUCUGAACAAACGUAUGGAGCAGCCCGUGUCUCUGGGGAACUUCAGACCCUGCAUCGUCGUGUCCGGCUGCCAGGCCUUUGCGGAGGAUGGGUGGGAUGAUGUGAAAGUGGGCACAACCAGGCUCAAGCAGGUCAUGGCCUGUGGUCGAUGCAUCUUGACCACUGUGGACCCAAACACUGGAGUUCUGAGCCGCAAGGAACCCCUUGACACCCUGAGAACCUUCCGUCAGAGUGAUGCCUCCCUGAGCCACCUAUACAAGACCUCACCCCUCUUCGGCCAGUACUACGGUGUGGAGCAAACUGGGAGACUGAGAGUGGGGGACCCGGUGUAUCAUGUUGUCCGUAGGGGUUAGCCCUGUUAAGUCUGUGACUUUUAUAUUUCAAUAAAGUCUUCACAAACCAUGA